CGGGAGUUUCAAAAUUUGAAUGACGUUUUGCAUAACCUAUUUAUAUUGUUUACGAUUCCCGGGGUUUAACGUUUUUGUUUCGUCUAAAAAUUUAAUAAUCAUUUCGAAAUGCAAACGAUCGCAAAAAGUUUGCUGUAAAUAUCCACCUAAUCUUAGUAUUUAUAUUUUUGGAAACUUUUGGGCUCGUUUGAAUUAUAAUGGAAGAAUGCAUAGAACUCUCCAGUGAUUCAAGUGAUACAAUAAUUUUACCCCCAGAUUAUGCUUCAAAAAAUCGGGCACUUACAAAAACUAAAGACUAUUAUGAUCUAAGUUCUUCUGAUGAUGAUACUCAAGACAAGAAACAAAGUGAGAUUUGUACAGGUGAAGACUCAGACAGCAAACAUAUAGAUUGCGAAGAAAUACUACAAAGACUGUGCAAAAAAUAUUCUCAAAACUCCUCUCAAGAUGCGGUUGGAUGCUCUAAAAGUAGCUCCAUUCCACCAAAGUCUUCAGACAGUGAACACAAGAAAAAGUAUGACACUAACAUUGUGUCAAAUAAACAAGAAAGUGAUUCAAGUUUUGAUUGUCAAGCAGCUAAUGUUCCAACUAGUGAUAAAAAUGAUAAGGAAACUAAUAUAUUUGAGAUGAAUUGUGAAAGUGUCAAAAUUGGUGUAAAACCUAAAGAAUCUGUUGAUGAAGCACUUGAAAAUCUAUAUAAGAAAUAUUUUUCUAAAAGCUUCAAUGAAAAAAAUGAUGCAACAUCAGGCAACAGUCAACCAUAUAAUGGAAUUGUUGGAAAAUCAGAUUCUGAGAAUGAGGAUCAAGUUCGUGAAAAUACCAAUUUGAAGAAGGGGAAAAGGGGUACUGCAACCCUUAAGAGAAAACAAGAGCUUGAAGAGCAGAGGGCACAGAAAAAAUUACAGAAGGAAAAAGAAAAAGAGUUGAAAGAACAGGAAAAAGCACUGAAGAAAGUAAUGAAAACAAUACAGAGGCACAACAGCAAGGAUGGUUGUAUAAAGACUAUUGUUGUUCAGGUGGAAAAAUCAUUGUUAGAGCAAGAAUUUUGUGAAUGCAUUAGCAAAAUUCUAAGAGAAAAUGAUAUUUUAUUUAGGGCAAUUGAAUCAUUCCCCAACCAUAUCACAUGGCUGAGGAAAACUCAAACCUUGGAAAAUAUGGUAUGCCUUUUAAUGUAAAUUUUAUUUCUGGAGUGGAGCUCGCAGUUAGGUCUCUCAAUUUACUUCUGAAAAAAUAUGCAGUGAGUUAAUUUAUUUCUACAAUGGGGCUUGCAGUUAGAAUCUCAAUUUACUUUUGAAAAAAAUAUGUAGUGACUCUAUAGCGUUUUCCAUACAGUUAGUAUUGAAUUUCUCCCAAGGCUAUAAUGUGACAAAUUUUGAAACUGUUGAGAGUAAAAAGAUCUCUAUUCUUACUCUUGAUUUCAGUAUCCUACACAUUUUUGUUGAUUAUACAAUGGAGUAAAUUGACUCGGUGCUUUCUAUUAGAUAUAUAGUUAAAGUUUCAAGAGAGCUCAUGAUACUUGCUUAUAUAAAAUCUGUACAUCUGCUACACAACAGUAUGAUUUUAUUGACAGUCAUGCUCAAUCUUUGUUUUUAGGUUUUGAAAGAAACUGAUUCAGAUGAAUCUCACCACUUAACAAUCAUACCUCUAAAAACAUUUAUCAAACAGAUUAGAGAAAGUAAUCUUCUAUCUCAUGUUGCCGAAAUUUAUAGUAGGACUAACUUUAAGCAUCUUACGUUGGUUAUUUUUGGCAGUAGUGGACCUAAAGAUGAUGCCCAGGAGAAUGCAAUGUUACAAGUGGAAAUGUCAUAUAAAUGCCUAUGGCAUUUUGCUAAAACUGAGGAAGAUCUAUCAAAUUUCAUUCUUUCAGUAACUAAAUCAGUUUCUCAAAUUCCAUAUAAGUAAGUUUAUUCCAAAUUUACAGGGUGAGGUUAUCGUGUGGGCGCGGUCAACAACUCUGUUAUGCAUGGCAUCUAAAAAUGUUAAAUACAAAACAUGUAGUCAGCAGUAUGCUCCGUACUGGGAAAAUAUUUUUAUCUCUACAGGGUGAUCCAAACAUCCAUUUUUAAAAUGGCCCCCUUUUCACAAGCUUAGAUUUAGAUAUGUAUUUCCAAAAAAAAAUAGCACAAUUUUUGUAAUUAAUUUUUUUAGUUACAAUGCAUAGACCACGCUCACAC